AUGAAUGAAAUACACAGAGUUUCAUUAGAUGGGUAUCAAUGGGACAUUCUAUUAAAAGUUGUCGCAUAUGCCGGGAUCAACAACAUUGUUCUACUACUUACCCCUGAAAACCGACUAUUCCUAAACCUGAAUGAGAAUCUAAAACGUGCAAUAAAUCGUGUGAUCGGCAAUGACUUUGGCCUACAGUACAAUAAUCGAAUCGAUAGGUAUUCCUUUUUGCAUAUGUAUUUGAGAACUCCGAACUGCAUUGACAAGACAAAGUUGAAAUUUCUCACCAGUGAGGACGAAUUUCUCAUCCUAUAUAACUACUGUGUGGAUGAAAGUAUAACGAGUACCUUGAAUUUAUCUUACUACAUAUGGUCUUCUACUGAUAUGGUGCGCUUUACAGACUUACUAGCGAAGUUGAGGGCAAGCACUUUAAAGCUCAAUAUUGAACUCGAAUUUGAUCCAGGUUUACAAUACGAAUUCAAUGGUGAGCUAUUUUUUCAGUCGCCUGCAAGUGUUGGAGAUCAAAUUAAAUCCCUUGUGGUUGAUCAAUGUAGUGAGCCCUUUUCAUUGAAUAUGAAGCAGUAUUCCAAUUUGGAAAAUUUGAGCUUGCAUUUCUGUUCUUCAGCUUCAAUACAUAAUUUGCAGCACCUGAAGCUUAAACUGUUGGUAUUUGAAUGUAACGGCUCAGAAAGUGCCAAUCAUUUAAUUGACGCAUUGCCACAAACGUUGAAAUCUUUUCAAAAAAAUGUUCAUACAAUCUUUUUAAUUUUGGAAAGAGUGAAUGCUGGGGAGUUGCAAUUGCCUCAGUUAGAAACAAUAAUACUUUGGAAUGAAAGGAGAAGACAGUUGCAGGUUCCGCUUGAUUUUCUCAAGCGUGUCAUUUCUUCUUCUACAAAGCACCUCGUUUUUAAGAGCUAUAUUUAUACUCCUGAAAUUUCGAGCGAGGUGAUGUCAAUAUUGGAAAAUGCUUCUAAACAGGGCAUGGAGUUGGAACUACUCUCACUUAAUUUUGGCUUAAACAGACCAUUAUCUAUAUAUCCAAUGGAAAGCCUAACAAUCACCAAAAUGGACAAACCAAAUAUCCUUGCCAACUUGCUGUACCCACCAGCUUUGAAACGGCUUGACUUGUCGGAUAACUCAAUUGAAGAUUUGUCACCUAUUAUACCGGCCCUCCCGCUUGGCCUUGAGUUUCUUAGUUUCGAACACAAUCCCGUCAGUUGGAGUACAUAUCUACCCAACUUUGCGAAGUUUGAGAAGUUAAACUACCUCAGAUUGAUGAACACUCACAUUGGCAAACAUUUCCUGCGAUUCCAGUUCCCGGACUCAUUGGAAAUUUUGUCACUUGAAGUGAAUCAAAUAGAGUCAAUCGAUCAAGUAAAGUUCCCCAAAAGCUUGGUUAAUCUAGGUAUUGGGUCAAACAAGAUUAAAGUCGUUUACAAACCAAAGUUUCCACCAACAAUUAAAACAAUUCACUUUACAGAAAAUAACAUUUCAAGAGUUGAUCUCUCCACUAACCAUAUUGGACAACCAUUACAAAUCAAAACAUUGUACUUAAAUUACAACAAAAUUUCCAAUUUGAAGAAUGUUAAAAUACCACUGAAUUUAGUCAUCCUUAAUUUUGACAAUUGCCAUAUCCAAACAUUGCUGGACAUUGAGUUUGGAAAAACAAUUGAAGAGUUGAGUUUCAGUGGUUGCGAUAUCAAAGAAUUGAAGAAUAUAACAUUUGAAAAUGAAUCAAGACUAAAGUAUCUUUGCUUAUCGGGAAAUCAACUCAGGUCGAUUGAUAUUGUGCCACCACAAUCGGUUACCAACAUUAAUCUCUCCUUGAAUAGAUUUACCAAGAUUCCCAUUCAACUAGCUAAUCUACAGAAUCUAAAGUACCUAAGUCUUGCCCAGAACAAACUUCGGACUGCCACUUUCCUGUUUCAAACUUCCAGUUUGGUAGUAUUUGAUCUUUCAUACAACAAUAUCCAGAAAAUUCAACUAUCAUUCCCUCGAAACAUCAAAACUAAUUUAAGGCUGAUUAGUUUAGGCUCGAAUGAGGUUUUUCAAUUCACAAUGAAAUCGAUAGGUCACGAUCAAAGUAAAGGAACCACGCACGACAAAUUGUUUGAAAUUGAUUUGUCCUUAAAUCAUAUAUCAGAAAAGAAUAUUUUUUCCUUAAUGGGCGAAAUACCACUGUCUACUCAAUGCUUGUGGUAUUACACAGACCUGAUAACUGAGCCCCAAUUUGGGACAGAGUUUGCAGUAAAUAGCUUCAGUGGUAGCUUCUUAGUGAAGAAACGAUGUGAGGUACCACCAAUGACCUGA